GCGAAGAUAGGCAGCAGGGUUUUUCUACGGCAUACUGACGCGGAGGUCGAACCAAACUCCGAGGUCCCAGGAGGAGGGUCAGGGAGCUCGGCGCAGGUCCGUAACGGGUGCGUAGGAGUUCGCGGGGUGAGAGGGCCAAGCCGAGAGUGCACCCCGUUAGCGCGCGCUUCGCCUACAAGAUGAGCUCCAAGGCCAAGAAACGCGUGGUGCUGCCCACUCGCCCCGCGCCUCCCACGGUAGAGCAGAUCCUGGAGGACGUGCGAGGGGCACCCGCCCAAGAUCCUGUUUUUACUGCCCUGGCCCCAGAAGACCCCCUAGAGCCACUCCCAAGGGCUGAGGACUCUGAGGUCCAGCAGGAGCAGAUCUACCAACAGAGCCGGACCUACGUGGCUAUGAACGAGAGGCUGCGGCAGGCGGGGGAUGCGCUGAGGCAGAAGUUCGAUGGCCUUCGGCAAGCUGGUCAGAGGCUGGAACAGGAUAUUAGUCAGGUGACAUCAGCCACGUCCUAGAGCCAAGGUUAAACCUGAUGUCCUUGGCCCAGGCCUGGGCACCUGACAACCAGAAGCUCUGGGUCAACAUUUACUGCUCCAACCCUACCCUUGGGGGACCCAGUGGCCCACUCCGCGUGCUUGGGGCUUUGUCCCCUCUUCCAUCCUUAAUGGCCUCUCACCGGUGAUGGGACUUGGGGACAUGGCCACCUCGUUUUGGGGACACCAGCCUAGAUUGCAUCUAGGACUUGACUGCAGGUCAGGGCUCAGAGGCAGUCUGCCCCAUCGUUACCAGUCUUCCACCAAUGUGCUCUUCCUGCCCCCUGUCACCCUGGACAGUGAAGAUCUCCGUCCCCAACAUCCACAGCAGGUCAGCCACUAUUGGCUUGGUGACAGAGUAGUCUGGCUACCCCCUUCCUAGGGCUGGGGCUACUCAACAAAGGGGUUUUCAUUCUGGGGAGGCCAUGGGUCCCAGAGGAGCCCCCCAAAGGCUGGAGUCCUGUGUGUGGUGGACAUUGACCCUUCUGGACUAGGGUUUGGUUUGUCUUCUUGCAGAAGACCCACCACUCUUGGAGUGGCCGGACUUUAGUUCUGAAGAUGAAAGAUGUUUGAUGCCUGAACACAGAUCUCCCUUAAGCUGGACUAGAUCACUGGGGGCCCAAAUCCAUGCCACCCCUUGGCCACUCGGGUGUUGGCACCGCACCGGCCUUCUUGGGUCCCAAGCUGGCUGGACCUGUUUUGUCAGAAAUGGUUUUAGCUUGUGGGCCAUGUCAUUCCUGACCUUCGACAUUCCUGGUGGCCACAGGGUCUGGCUUGCCCUGACUGGUGCAGCCUGGAUUCCUGGUCUCCACUCCCACCAUGACACCUCCACCACAAGUGACCAGUGGCUGAUGGCCAAGUACAGCUCCGGUGACCCUCAAUCAACCUUGGCUCCAGCAUGUGGAGACCUGACACGUUGUCCAGUCAGUGGGGAGCUCGGGAGCCCCGAAUCGCCUUCUCGGGUUGGACAACAGCUGCAGAAGAAGGAAGGUUCUGGAACAACCUCCCCGCUCUGGAGCCCAUGUUAAAGAUGAAACUCCAGAGCAGCCAAAUGUCUCGCUUUAUUAAAGAUAUGAACAAAGAAUCAGAA